AUGUUAUUAAUUUUAAUUCUUAUAUUAAAUACAUAUUGCAAUUAUCUAGGAUAAGUAAGCUAAAUAAGAUCUGAUUUGCUUAGGGUUUAUUUGUUUCCUCAUUCGCAUGAUGAUGUUGGAUGGAUUAAAACAAUGAAUGAAUAUUACUAUGAUUACCAUGGUGUCAAAUAAAUAAUUAAUUCAUACAUGGAAGAACUAAUCAAAGAUAAAUCCAAGUAUUUUUCAUAAGUUGAAGUAGCAUUUUUUAAAAUGUGGUGGAAUGAAUAGAAUGAUACAAUGAAAGAUAAUGUGAAAUAAUUAAUAUUAAAUGAAUAACUAGAAUUUUUGAGUGGAGGAUGGUGCAUGAAUGACGAAGCAACAACUUAUUAUGAAGAUAUUAUUGACUAAAUGACAUUAGGACAUAAGUUUCUUUUAGAAAAUUUUAACUAUAUACCCACUAUUGGAUGGUAAAUUGAUACUUUUGGACAUUCUAAUACUCAAGCACUCUUUUCAAAUAUGAUGGGUUUUAAUGCUUGGUUUUUCGGAAGAAUUGACCAUGAAGAUCGAAUAAAAAGAGAAAAAAAUAAAGAAUUAGAGUUCGUUAUUCAUCCUGAUUAUGCACACUCUAUUUUUACGCAUGUUAAUUAUUAUGGGUAUUAUUCAUCCCCGAAAGGAUUCGAUUUUGAUAUUUCCAAUCCCAAUAGAAAUUAUGUUUCUAUUUAAAAUGUGGAAUAAAAAUCUGAAGGACUUGAUUAAUAUUUUAAAUAAUAAUAUAAAUCCUACAGAGGUAAAAUAUUAGCACAUACUCUUGGUAUGGACUUUGAAUGGUCGAAUGCUUCUAGUUACUUUUAAUAAAUGGAUCUGGUUAUUAAUUGGAUUAAUAAUAAUACAGAAAAAUAUAAUAUGAUCAUCGAAUAUGGAACUCCAAAACAAUAUAUCUAAGCUUUGAAUUAGUAAAAUAUUUCAUAUCCUUUUCAAGAGGAAGACUUUCUUCCUUAUUCUGAUCAUCCUUUUGAAUAUUGGUCUGGAUUCUUCUCUAGCAGACCCGCUUUUAAGGGGUAUGUAAAAAGAAUGGGUCGUUAUUUUUAGUAAGUGAAACGCUUUUAUUCAUUAGUUAAAAUGAAUAAUAUUAGUCAAAGUAUUUUUGAUGAAACCAAGCUAUUUAAAGAUUAUAUCUGA